UUUCUUUGUUGUUUCUACUCCACCCGAUUCCUCCUCCUGCCUUGCGUCCCUCCCUCCCUCUCUCUCGGACCCUCACUUUUGUCGCCAGUACACCCCAGCUCCCGCCAUUCGAGGGAGACCACCACCCGUCUUUUGUAGUCCGAACCAACGACUUCGCCCCACGAUGGGUAUGUUCAGCAAGAGCGAGAAGGAUGGUGGCGACGGCAGUCGCGGCAGUGACUCUUCGCCGCCGCCGGCCUUCACGACCGACGACAACUACGACAUCAGCGAUGGUCUCAUGCAGGACAAUGCCGAUCAAUUGCAGAGACAUCUCGGGAACCGACAGAUUCAGCUCAUCGCUAUUGGAGGCUCUAUCGGAACCGCCCUCUUCGUCAGUAUUGGUGGAGGUCUUUACCGUGGAGGUCCUGGCAACCUGCUCCUCGCGUACGCUGCCCAGUCAAUCGUCCUCGCCAUGGUCAACAACGGUAUCGCUGAGAUCACCACGGCUUACCCUGUCUCUGGUGGGUUUAUCCGCCAUGCCGGUGAAUUUGUAGACGAUGCUCUGGGCUUCAUGGUCGGCUGGAACUUUUUCUUCUACGAGGCUCUUUUGAUUCCGUUCGAGAUCUCAGCAUUCGCGACUGUUCUGGGCUACUGGAGUGACAAGACCCAGGAGACUGGUCCUCUUGCCGGUAUCAUCAUUGGUGUCAUUAUCUGCUACGCUGCCAUCAACGCUCUAGCAGUCGGAAUCUUCGGAGAGGCAGAAUUCUGGCUUUCCGGCGGCAAAGUCAUCCUCAUCUUCAUUCUCUUCUUGUUCACCUUCAUCACCAUGGUCGGUGGAAAUCCUCGAGGCGAUGCCUACGGUUUCCGCUACUGGGAGGGCGGCGCGGCUUUCAAGGAAUACCUUUCCACCGGCAGUCUCGGCCGAUUCGAAGGCUUCAUGGGCAGCAUGUCCUCGGCUGCCUUCACCGUCGUCGGGCCCGAGUACAUUUCCAUCGUCGCUGCCGAGGCCAUGCGCCCUCGUCACUACAUCAAGAACGCCUUCAAGACGGUCUAUGUCCGAUUCGGCAUCUUCUUCAUCGGUGGUGCGUUGGCUGUUGGUAUUGCUUGCAACUCGAUGUGGAGGGAGCUGUACGAAGUCGUUGUGGAAGGCAAGGGUACCGGAGCCGCUGCUUCGCCAUAUGUCCUUGCUAUGACCCAGCUCGGAAUCGGUGUUCUCCCAGACAUUGUGAAUGCGCUCAUUCUGACCUCGAUCUUCUCCGCUGGAAACACUUACACUUACUGUGCGAUCCGCAACCUGUACAGUCUGUCUCUGGAAGGUCGUGCACCCAAGGUCUUGCAGAAAUGCACAAAGAGCGGUGUGCCAAUCUACUGCUUUGCUAUCACCAUGAUCUUCCCGCUGCUCUCCUUCACGGCCGUGUCGAGCGGUUCCGCAGUGGCGAUUACAUGGUUCGCCAGCUUGGUCACCGGUGGAGGUCUCAUCAACUACAUCGUAAUGAGCAUCACCUACAUCCGCUUCCACGGCGCCUGCCGCGUCCAAGGCCUCGACCGCGCCAAACUCCCUUACACCGGCUACCUCCAACCCUGGUGCGCCUACUUCGCCCUCGUCUGGAUGACCCUCGUCCUCGGAUCUUACGGCUACACCUCUUUCACGCCCUGGAACACCUCCAACUUCUUCUCCAACUAUACCAUGCAGAUUUUCAUCCCCCCGCUGUACAUUAUCUGGAAACUCAUCCACAAGACCAAGGUCAUCCCGCUCGGUGAAGUCGAUCUCGUGUGGGAGAAGCCGAUCAUUGAUGCGUAUGAGGAGACGUUCAUGGAGCCUGCUGUUGGGUUCUGGUCGGAGAUGUUGCAGUUGAUCGGGAUUGGGAGGAAGAAGAAUAGGAAUGCGAACAGGAGGAGUAGUAUGCAUCCAAGUGAUGUUGCGCAGGCGAGGAGGGAGAUGGAUCAGGAGAUGUUUGGGGAGAAGUAGAGUGAUGGCCCACACCUGGAUUCGUGAACCCGUUCGCGGAGCAGACUAUGGCUGAUGCUCCGGAUGAAUGAACGUUCAGAGACGCAGGAGAGAUACCCUGGGUUGCCAGAAGGAGCAGACAGAACCCGUAACGAUUCUUGUACA